CACUUCCUCAAACUAGCAAAAACCAUUUUUCUUACUCCAAAAACAAAUUGAAACAUAAUUCACUGGUUGGUAGCGAGGCAGACUAAUUGAAGCAGAGUUUUGGUUUUCAAGGGUCCUUGAAACCAGAUCUAGAGGCCAUUCCGAAGCUAGUAAACGAGGAUGCCCCUGUUUCUGAUUGUCUAAUCCACGACCUUGAAGUUUUUAUUUGAGUGUGUCCUCUUGUUUCUCUCGCUGAAGUCUGGUCUUUAAGAUCUCUUUCUGCUCAGUUUCUAAUGGAGUGUACGAUUGGCAAAAGAAUCAAAUCAAGGAACAGGCAGCGUCUUCAAGAGGUGAUGAAGCGGAAGAAGCAGGAGGAACCAGCCAUUCCCACGCGUUCUCGGAAGAAACAAAGGCGGAGAAGACGAACUGACCGUGAUUCUGACAUUGAGGAUGUUACAGACACUUACAACAAAAAUAUCCCUGCUGCUGAAGUCGGCGACAAGAACUCCUCUGUUGUAAGAAAUGGGUCUGAACCGAACACAGAGAGUUUGUUUGGAGAGAGGGAUUUGGGUAUGGAUAAAUCAGCUCCGAGCUCCACUGGGUUAGGCAUUGAGGAGAAGUUGUCUAGUGAGAUUCUGGAUUUGUUAGUGGGCAGAUCAGUUCCGACAUGCUCUGCGUUAAGUACUAAGGAGAAGUUGUCCGGUGAGAGUUUGGACUUGGAAGUGGACAGAUCAGUUCCCACUUCCUCUGGCCUAAGUAUUAAGGAGCAGUUGUCGAGUGAGAUUCUGGAUUCGGAUGUGGGCAGAUCAGUUCCGUCAAUUCCCACUUCCUCUGGCUCAAGUAAUAAGGAGAAGUUGUCUAGUGAGAUUCUGGAUUCGGACGUGGGCAGAUCAGUUCCGACAUCCUCUGCGUUAGGUACUCAGGAGAAGUUGUCCGGUGAGAUUUUGGACUUGGACGUGGACAGAUCAGUUCCCGCUUCCUCUGGGUUAAGCGUUAAGGAGAAGUUGUCGAGUGAGAUUCUGGAUUUAGAUGUGGGCCGAUCAGUUCCGUCAGUUCCCACUUCCUCUGGCUUAAGUAUUAUGGAGAAGCUGACUGAUCAGAUAUUGGACUUGGAUCUGGACAUGGACAGAUCAGUUCCGGGCUCCUCUGGGUUAAGACAUGACUCAGAACAGAACACAUGUCUGAAGGAAAAGAGUCCCUCUGAGAAUAGAGGUUUGGAAUACGAAAACCCAGUUGCUCAUGAAAUUGAGAUCAUUUCAGAUUCUGAGUCUGAAACCAAAGCGAGAGUUUCAGCCAAGAAGAAGCUUUUUGAGGACGGUAGCAGAGUCUUAAACUCUAUCAGUGAUGACACUAAUGAAAGCGAGGAAGAGGAAGAAGAAAAUGAAGCUAGUGAUGACAAUGGCGCCAAAGAUGAUGUAACGGUGGAGUCUUUAUCUUCUGGGGAUCCAUCUUCAUCAUCAUCAUCAUCAUCAUCAUCAUCAUCAUCAUCAUCAUCAUCAUCGUCAUCUUCAUCUUCCUCCUCGAGUGAUGAUGACUUCAAUUUAAAGGAGGUAGUUGGCGAUACAGAUGAUGAUGAUUUGAGAAAGCCCACUUCACCAAUCAGGAAAGUCUCUAUAGCGGCAAGGAAGCCUUUGGGAGGGCAUAAAAGGAAGAGUUCUUACUCACCCAACCCUAGAAAAGAGGAGAAGAAGCUUCAGAAAGUAAACCACCGAGAAGAAGAAGUAGAUAAGUUUCAAACCAAGCCUAGAAAAGAGGAGAAGAAGAUUCAGAAAGUAAACCACCGAGAAGAAGAAGUAGAGGUAGAUAAGUUUCAAACCAAGCCUAGAAAAGAGGGCAAGAAAAUUCACCUGUUAAACCGCCUAGAAGAAGAAGUUGAAAGAGCAACGAAGCAGCAGAGCGAUGCGGUGUUCAUUUGUGCUCACUGUGGCAAGGAGAACACAGGAAUCCCUGAUUCAAACAGCUCUUUCGUCAGGCCACAUGCUACAACAAGAGCUGAAGAUGAUGGUGUGAACAACCUUGCUUCAAACAAUGUAGCAAGGCAUGAAGAUUCUGUUUCCAUCAACUCCGGGAAAGCGCCUGAGAAGCCAUCCACAUCCAGACCUGAUCAUGUGAAUUCAGAGAAAGCAAAAGAGGUCCAAGCACCUGAGAAGCCACCCACAUACAUACCUGAUAAUGUGAAUUCAGAGAAAGCAAAAGAGGUCCAAGCACCUGAAAAGCCAUCAAGACCUGAAAUACAGAAUCCAGUGAAAGCAAACGGUUUCCAAGCCAACAACAGCUUGGGGUUGAGGAUGCCUUCAGCUGCACAAGGAUCUAAAACGCCUGAUCUGGCUAAUGAGAAAAUGGAUACUGAGCCUGCUUCUUCUAUCAGCUCUGCAGAUGAAUCUGAAUAUGAAUCUGAGGCUUCACUGGAAGAUAAAGAGGUAAAGCCUAAUAACAACUCAGAGUGGAGAAUGAUGGAUGGGAGUCGCAAAGAGGUGGAUCUUUUCAGGCUUCUUGUGAACUCUGUUUGGGAGAGAGAUCGAUUAGGCGAAGAAGAGGAGGAAGAAGGAGAAGACGAACUGGUUUCUUCGCCUGAAGACCCAUAUGAAGAAGAAGAUCAAAGAAAAUAUGACGAAGAUGGUUUUCUAAUCAUUAGGCCACCACCACUGAUACUGAAUUUUGGUGCUGAGGAUCCUAAACCACCACCUGUGAUUUCUGAGUCGCAGUUAGAGGAAGAUAGGUUGUGGGAAGAAAUGGAGUUCUGCCAGAGAUCAAACGACGUGGGCAUCCAGCUUCCUUCAGAGAUUGAGAUAGAAAUAUCAACUGAUGAAACUCCUGCAGCAUGUUGUAAGAAAGGAAAUCACGAACUGUGUCUAGAUCUUGAGAUUGGUUUGAAGUGUAUACACUGCGGCUUUGUCUUGAGAGAGAUCCGGAGCAUAGAUGUAGCUGAGUGGGGAGAGAAGUACACAAGGGAAAGAAGAAAAGUCGAUAGAUCUGAAGAGGAAGGAACGAGAAGCUUCAUCGGGAAUCUUGAGUUUGAAGCUCAUAGCAAGAACAGCUCAAAUGGGGAAUGUGUUUCUGCAGAAGGAACUGUUUGGGAUAAGAUCCCAGGGAUCAAAUCCCAAAUGUAUCCUCACCAGCAAGAGGGGUUUGAGUUUAUCUGGAGGAACUUGGCCGGUACUAUUAUGUUGAACGAGCUCAAGGACUUUGAGGACAGCGAUGAAACCGGAGGAUGCAUCAUGUCACACGCUCCUGGGACAGGGAAAACUCGCCUGACCAUGAUUUUCCUUCAGGCCUACCUGCAAUGCUUCCCAAAUUGCAAACCAGUGAUCAUUGCUCCUGCAAGCUUGCUUCUCACAUGGGCAGAGGAGUUCAAGAAAUGGAACAUAAGCAUCCCCUUCCACAACCUUAGCAGCUUGGAUUUUACUGGAAAAGAGAACUCAGCGGCCUCGAAACUUUUGAUGCAGAAGAACUCGAGUGCUAGAAGCACUAAUGAGAUAAGGAUGGUGAAGAUAUACUCCUGGAUUAAAUCAAAGAGCAUACUCGGGAUCAGCUACAACCUCUAUGAGAAGCUUGCAGGAGUUAAAGAUGAGGACAAAAAGACAAAGACAGCGAGAGAAGUGAAACCAGACAAAGAGUUAGAGGCCAUCAGAGAGAUACUUAUGGGGAUGCCUGGAUUGCUGGUUCUUGACGAGGCGCACACACCUCGGAACCAGAGAAGCUGUAUAUGGAAAACACUAUCCAAAGUGGAAACGCAGAAACGUAUCUUGCUCUCUGGAACACCUUUCCAGAACAACUUCCAGGAGCUCUGCAAUGUUCUGGGACUUGCAAGACCUAAGUAUCUGGAGAGGCUCACAUCCACACUCAAGAAGAGUGGGAUGAAUGUGACCAAAAGAGGGAAAAAAGCUUUGGGGGAAGAAAUCAACGACCGAGGGAUCGAAGAGCUUAAGACCGUCAUGCUUCCAUUUGUGCAUGUUCAUAAAGGAAGCAUUCUUCAGAAGAGCCUCCCUGGUUUGAGAGAAUGUGUUGUGGUGUUAAACCCACCUGAGCUUCAGAGGAGAGUCCUAGAAUCCAUAGAAGUCACUCAUAACCAGAAGACGAAAAACGUGUUUGAAACAGAACACAAGCUGUCUCUGGUCUCAGUCCAUCCGUCUCUUGUCUCUCGCUGCAAACUGUCUCCGAAAGAACGUUUGACCGUUAACGAUGCUUUGCUUGCACAGCUAGAGAAGGUAAGAUUCGAUCCAAACCAAAGCGUGAAGACAAGAUUCCUCAUGGAGUUCAUCAAGCUAUGCGAAGUGAUAAAGGAGAAAGUGCUGGUCUUCAGCCAAUACAUCGACCCAUUGAACCUGAUAAUGGAGCAUCUGGUCUCUCGGUUCAAAUGGAUUGAAGGGGAGGAAGUGGUGUACAUGCACGGCAAGCUCGAGCAAAAGCAGAGACAAGCCUUGAUCAACGAGUUCAACGAUCCCAAAUCCAAGGCCAAAGUGAUGUUAGCUUCAACAAAAGCAUGCUCUGAAGGGAUCAAUCUGGUAGGAGCAUCAAGGGUGAUUCUUCUGGAUGUUGUGUGGAACCCGGCAGUCGAAAGACAAGCUAUAAGCCGUGCUUACAGAAUCGGGCAGAAGCGGAUUGUUUACACCUAUCACUUGGUUGCGAAAGGAACUCCAGAGGGACCAAAGUACUGUAAGCAAGCACGAAAGGACAGGAUAUCAGAGAAGGUCUUUGCAAGCUCUUCGAUUCAUGACAAGGGAAAGGAAAAGAUUGCUGCUGAAGCUGUGACGGAGGACAAAGUGUUGGACACUAUGGUGCAGCAUCCGAACCUUGGGGAUAUGUUUGACAACCUUAUUGUCCAACCAAAGGAAGCAGAUUUAGUUGAAGGUUUCAGCGUACUUAUGCCAUGAGCCAUCACAAAACUCUUUCGCUUCAUCUCUUUCUAUGAUAUCAGAUGCUAUUUUAUUUUUAAGACUUAUUAUGUUUUUCUUUUGUGGAAUGCUUUUUGGGUAUCCUCAUUCUCAGAAAAAAAAAAAUUAACUUUGCUUUUGUUUCCAUUUCACAUUAUCUGCUAUGAACUUUGACUUACAUAGCAGGAUGUUUUAUGUUGCAG